CACAGCGUCGGAAACUGGAGCUGAUAUAUCCAUUCCCCUGCUUCUUGACAGCUACCUGCGUCCAUGGAGACCAAUGUCUGCGCUGCUGCUCUGCUCGCCGAGCUCAGCCAAGCCAAGGAGCUGCUCAAGGAGCUGGAGUUAAAUCUGCAUUGCCUUGACCUCUGCAAGGCUCUAACUCCCAGGAUCGCUUCCUCCAUCCACAACUCAUUUCUCAUGGCGGAAUCCUUCGAAGCCAACGCCGGCCACGAUAGGCCUCCGUGCUCCUCGCUAGCCCUGCGACCUCGCACCUUGACGCCCAGGGGAAGGAAGUCGCUGCGAUCGUGGAGGCGCCAAGUGAGGGUGAGCUCGGUGGCCAGGGGAGUGGAAGGUCCGGGGGAGGACGAUGGCUUUACCUGGAGGAAGUACGGCCAGAAAGAGAUCCUCGGAGCCAAAUAUCCAAGGGCCUAUUUCCGGUGCACUCAUCGGGCCUCGCACGGAUGCCCCGCCAAGAAGCAGGUGCAGCGAUCGGACGACGACCCGUCUGUCUACGACGUCACCUACCACGGGAACCACACUUGCCUCGAGCAGCCAAGGGAGGAGGAGCAGGGCGGCGCUGGCGGUGAAAUUCAACACGACCAGGAACAGAGUGCGGCGGCGCUGAAACUUGAAGGAGGGGAGGAGUUCGUGGGACAGAUUGCGCCUUCCUUUGGGCCCAUGGAGGAGCAGUUUUUCCCUGCUUCGCCGUACCAAUUUUGGGGCUUUCACGGAGCAGAGAGCAGUUCGCUUCCAAUAGAGUUCGACGGAGACGGGGAGGUCGGUCCUGUCAACAUCUGGGCAGGAGUGGAAUGGAUGCAACAUUGUGAUUAGAUUUCAGGACUGGAUUUUAUGGAUGCUUUUUGUUCUUCGGCUUUUUAUUGGACCAAGUUGAUAAAUUUUUAAAAUUAUUAAAUCAUCUUAGGAUAAUUAUAAAAUUAUAAAAUUAUGUAUUCAUUUUUUAUUUUUAAGUGAUGUUUUUA